AUGGCAGAUGACGAAGAAGAAGAAGUGGUUGUUGCGCCCAAAAUCGAACGCAAACGUGACAAGGAGAGCACAAUGGCGACUAGACGUGGGAGGCCAAUUAAGAUAAAUCCAAAGUAUGGUGCAGCUACAGAUGAAGUUGCACCCACCAUACAAAUACAAUUCCAAAAUGCAAAGCAAACAAUAGAAGUUCAAAAACAGAAAAUCCUUCACCUGGAGGAUAAGGUUAACUCUCUGACAGAGGAGAGAAAUUAUCUUCGUGCAAGACUUGAAGAUGGUAAGUUACCCUCCAGCCAGUCACAUUUGCAUACCCCAGAAGAAUCGCUGAAGAGGUACUACAAGGUAUUAAACCUUGUAAAACAGGGCCUGAGUAAGGCAGAGGCCUACAACAGACUAAACGUUGACAGGAACACAAUAGUCAUCCAGGCUCCAAUUGCAGAGUCAGCAGCAGCUAAUCCAGAAUCAUUCCGCAAGCUAAGGCAGAUGUUUAAAAAGGGAGAUAGCAUCCUGAAAUUUGCCGAAAGCUGUCUUUGUCUUUGUAAAGAAAAGGCCAAUGAGGAUGUGAUUAAACAAAUGAAAGAGGCAAAUGACCUCCUUGACAUAAAUAAAAAAUGA